AGGGGCGGGUAGGCGCUAACCGUGCAGUAUGGCGGACGAUGGAGACAGUUCGAGCGGACCAGUUGACACAAGCGGCGGGCAGGGGGCAGCGGAUGAGUCGGACGGGCUCGGCCUCGGCGGGAUGUUGCUGAAUAUCAGUAUUUUGGUUCUGGUGGUGGCGGUCUGCCUGGCGGUGUACCGGCGGUGGGGCAGGCGGCUCGUCUCUGACGCGGCCCAGGGCGAUGAGGCCUCGGCGCUUCCCAAGAUGAGGAGACGGGACUUCACUUUGGAGCAGUUGCGGGAGUACGACGGACUCCAGAACCCCCGCAUCCUGAUGGCUGUCAACAUGAAAGUUUUCGACGUGACCAGCGGCAAAAAGUUUUACGGGAAAGAUGGUCCUUACGGCAUUUUCGCAGGUCGGGAUGCUUCGAGAGGCCUGGCCACCUUCUGCCUGGAGAAAGACGCCCUGAGGGACGAGUAUGACGACUUGUCGGACCUCAAUGCUGUACAGAUGGAGAGCGUGAGGGAGUGGGAGAUGCAGUUCAUGGAAAAAUACGAUUACGUCGGCCGGUUGCUGAAGCCCGGAGACGAGCCGUCGGAGUACACGGACGAGGAGGACAUCAAGGACCACCUGAAACACGACUGAGCGGUUCAUCACACCGACCAAAGCCAGGAGCCCCAAACAGCUGCGACAGACCGCCCCCCACCUCCCCCUCCUCCUCCUCCUCCUCCUCCUCCUCCUCCUCCUCCUGCCCCAUCGAUCUACCUGCCGCUCCUUUCUCCCGCCCCCCGAACUCUUCACCUCCUGAAUCUGUCCGGCGCCGCGGCUGUUCUGGAAGGGCAGGACUCAAGUCUCAACGCCCAGACCUCCCUCCCUCUUCAUCCUGCGAAGACCGCCAACAGAAAGCGAUUGCAAACCUUCGACGAGGGCGUUUCUAGUGACAGAAAACGCGUCUGGGGGGCGUGGGGGAGGGGUCGCGCCAUUAGGUGUAUUUGAAACAAAGCCACAAAAUCUGUUAGAAAUUUGUCCAGAGGGGGGAACGUGCGGUCACGGCGGUUGCCGCCGAGCGCUGGCUGGAGGUCGGUCAGAGGUAGUCAGAGACCCCCCCCCCUGGUCACAGACGAUCGGCGGAUCGGGACGGGGAAGCAGAUCUCGCUGUUUUUUUUUAUCUUCGGUUCAGUCUCAUCGCAACUGAAACUGCUUCAGCUUCGGACAGCUCAUCAAUCAGUCACUUCUGUUUUUUUUUUGUUCAAAUGGUCCCCCCCCCUUGUUGAGAGGGCAGCGCUCGGGCCUGAGCCGUGCUGUGGAAAUGGGCGGGGCGUCGCAUUUUCCUGUUGUGUUUGUAGUGUAUGCACUACUAGUUUUCUUUGUUUGUCACCAUGUGAUUGUAUUUGUGAGUAGCAUAGCGGG